AUGAAUGCAGAGCUCAACCUACCUUUUCCCUUUCCCAUGUCUCAUGGGAUCACCACCUUGGCGUUCAUGUUUCAGGGCGGCGUCCUGGCUGCAGCAGACACUCGUUCCAGCUGCUCUGGCCUCGUGGCAUGCCCAACCUCCCAGAAGAUCCUGCCCAUUCACAGCCACUUGGUAGGCACCACCUCAGGAACUUCAGCCGACUGCGCUCUUUGGAAGCGGAUCCUGUCUCGAGAACUGCGGCUUUACCAACUGCGUUAUGGCCGACGCUUGUCCACGAAUGGAGCUGCCAAACUGCUUUCUCACAUGCUUCACCCUUUUAAAAGGACUGAGCUUUGUGUAGUCGGCACGCUGUGUGGGUGGGAUGGAGCUGAGCAAGAUGAUGGAUGUCAUGACAGUAGCUUGGAAACUCAAAAAAUGGACUGGAAGAUGGAUGCCUCCAGUGAAAAUAUCUCUCUGUUAUGGAGUCAGGGCUCUUUUUUGACACAGCCAAAGAGUUCAGAGAAGAAAAUUAGUUUCUCUGGGCCCAGACUGUUUUAUGUAUACAGUCUCCAGGGGACACUUUUCUCUGUGGGUUCAGGAUCCCCCUACGCCUACUCCAUCCUGGACCAAGGAGUUCAGUGGGGUCUGACAGUAGAGGAGGCCACAUCAAUAGCUCGAGAGGCUGUGUUCAGAGCCACCCACAGGGAUGCAUACUCAGGCAACUGUGUGGACAUCUAUCACAUCACCUCAAAAGGAUGGACUCGCAGGACGAGCGAGGACCUGAAAGAGGAAUAUUACAGAGAAAAAGAGAGGCGACAGCUUGAGAGGAAGAUGCAUGAAAACUUUCUAUGA